GCCGUAUGACGAACAAAAAUACGCCCCAAACUCAAACGAAUGGUUAUUUUGAUAGUCGAGUCCUUUCCAGAACUCACGCAGAGAUCUGGAAUGAUAAUGGAAAAUCUAGUAAUGGCACCUUCGUUAACGGAAAACGCAUUAGCCUUGAAGACAAAGAAGGCGAGCCUGUUGAACUUAAAAAUUAUGAUACAUUG